AUGUCCUUCAAAACCAUUUUCAUGCUUUGCCCCUGGAUGCUGAGCUUAGCAGGGCCGGUCUUGCCACAUGCCUUCAGUGCAGACCCAGCUAGGGAAAGCCGCCAGACAGAGCUGGAGCACGCCUUGUCGGGCAUUUUUGCGGCACUUCCCAAGACAGCAGAGGGCACGGCACAAUAUGCACUGCAUCGGCUUUUUGCUCAGCUCUACGGAUGGCAACUCUAUGGGCAUAGCCUCAGCGGAUCCAUACCUGUCAACACCGCAGACUCAGCGAUGCUUCUUACAUUCGGGGCGAAGAUGUCCAGCAACGUGACACAGUGGCUGCAUGCUCGCCUUUCGGACGGCGGGCUAAGCAUUACGGACCUGGCAACACUGGCAGCGAUCAUUGAGGAGAUGGUCCACGAGGAGGCAGACAUGCGUCUAACUGCAGCUUUCCGCGCGCUGCAGAUGUCGAAACACAGACCUCUGACUCGAAACGAGUCGACCUCGGCUAUCGAAGCCUACAUGGCCAGCUUCGUGAUGGGCGUGGAGAUGGGCGACCUGGGAAGCGAAAGUAUGUUGGAGUUGGUGCAAGAGGUGCCAGAGCAGUACCCCACCUGGCCCGCAACGCAAGAGUUUCUACAGGGUAUCCAGGCGGAGAUGUUUCAGAAUUCCUCGUCGCUCUCGUUCACAGACCUUUCGCGGGUGGUUGCUGCAGUUGAUGAGAAAUAUGGUCGUUGGCAAAGCCAUGAGUGCGGGGCAUUGAAGGCAGAACUCCUGCAGAAUGAGGAGCAUCCGCGCACUGGCAGAGUUCGCUUGAGCGACUUUUACAGCAUGGCAUUGAAGGGAGGGCAAUGGCAAUUCAGCGAAAGCAGUUCAUACCUUCGCCAGAUCGGUGCCCUUGAUGAAACAGACCCGCAAAUUCUGCGGGUUGUAGUUCCGAACUACAUCCUGGGGCUCUCCAACUGCAUUGCCGCUUCUAGCUAUUACAUGGUUUGUUGCAUCAACGAGUGUGACGCGCACUUGACGCGGCUGGAGGAGGCCCUGCAGUCUCACCAGGCCACUGUGGAGGCUAUCCUGCUUGCUUUGAACCACACGGUCGCUCCCAGUUUGCAGCGGCGUCUGUCAGACAUUGCCGCGCACCACAGCGGCCUGGUGCCGCUCCACGGUCGCCUCUUCGCCCAGUGGCUUCACCACCUCUACCCGCACGAGUGUCCUUAUCCGCACAUGUCAGGGACUACAAGCCCGAUCCGGCCAGAGGUCUUCGAAGAAGAGAGCGGCCAUCCGGCUGAAGCCUCCGAAGAAGAGAUGAUUCAGCAUGUGGAAGGAGCACGUUGGAGGGCAGCUCCAACUCACGAGGAGGGCAUGUGCUCUCACAUGUGGUCCAUGGAGGAAGAGCUCAUUGAUCCAGCUGCACAAGGAUUGACGCGGCUUCUAAAAGAACCGCAGAGCCAGGCUGUUGGGGCGCAGCGCUUGGCUGCAGUUCUAGCCGCCCUUUGCAUCUUCAGCGCUUUCGGCUCUACCUUCGCCGCAAAGGAAGGCUCAGGAAGACGAUGGCACGUGAGCUCAAACAGCGAGCAGCCGGAGAGAUCUGCAGUGUACAGCGUGUGA